AUGCGGAGGAUGGCGAAUGAUUCUGAAUCCAGAGAGGCUUUCAAGGCUAACCUGAUGACUUUCUUUAAACAGAUGAUGUUUGUCUCUGGUGAAACUGCCGAACCGUCCCAGGAAACUACGACGCUUAUUGAGGAAAUUGUGCGCCAGCAAGUUAUAGAGAUGCUUAGUCGUAGUACUGCUUUAGCGACUCGCCGCGGAAAUCGUUCAAUAUCCACCGAUGACCUUAUCUUUUUAAUUCGCCACGACAAAGCAAAAGUCUCCCGUCUCCGAACAUUUCUCUCCUGGAAAGAUGUGCGCAAGAAUGUGAAGGAUUCUGACGACAAGGCUGGUCCUGACGCUGCUGAUUUCGCCGCGGGCGACGACCCCCUUGCUGGUGCGGGAGUGGCUGGACCUCAGGACGUAGCAGCGAAACCGAAAAACAAACGGGCGAAGGUCGGACUUCCUUGGGAUAUAAAUAGCUUUUACUCGGUACAAGUGCCUGAACGUGAAGAUGAAGAAGACGAAGAGGAAGAGGAGCAGAAUUAUGCGACCCUCCAGCGGCUCGCGACUGCUGACGAACGAACUAAGCAUAUGACGAGGGAAGAGUACGUCUUUUGGUCAGAUUGUCGUCAAGCAUCAUUCACAUUUCGCAAAGGAAAGCGCUUUCGCGAAUGGGCUGGGUUUGGCAUAGUCACCGAAUCAAAGCCCAAUGACGAUAUUGUCGAUAUCCUUGGUUUCCUUACCUUUGAGAUUGUGCAAACCUUGACAGAAGAAGCGCUCAAAGUCAAAGAUCGCGAAGAUCGCGAGAAAAAGGGCCGUGGGGUUGCUGAGAAUGGUGACGGUGAAAAUCCUAAAAAGCGAAAGCGCGAAACCGGGCUUUUCGAUCCGCCUGAAGAAGGUCGCACCCCGAUUGAACCACGACAUAUCCGUGAGGCAUAUCGCAAGUUACAGGCUACUCCGCAAAAAGCUGUUGCAAUGUUGCUUCAUGAUGGUCGCGUGCCUCCCCGCUUUCCUCUUCGUUUGGUAUGA